UAAUUUUGUCAAAUUAAAUUUGGAACGAAAUAAAUAACGUUGAUCCUAUCUUAUGAUGGAUUUUUCAUCUGUUCGAAUAUGAUUCAAAUUAGAAUGUGACCCACCCAUCCAAACUGACCUAACCAUUGCUAGCUUAACCUUUUAAAACCAUUUCAAUAAUAGUUCUUGUCCAACAUAUACUAAUCUUUUAAAAUAUAACAUAAAAUGACCAUUCUAAGCACAUUUCACACUUAAAUUCAGACUAAACAAAAACCAGUUUUACAAUUCUUAGAACGAAAUCUUUCCUUAGGCGGUACAGCACGAAUCUUUGGGAAAUAAUCGAAAGAAAUGUAACAAAACAAUAGGACCAUUAAAAAACAUAGAAUUUCGGUGAAUUAUACUUUCACCGGUUACCAAAUUUGAUUGUUAUCUUCAAAUUCGUUAAUGUGUAUGCAACAAAAAAACGACCAAUUUUUUUGACAUUUUUUAUAGUAUUUCUAACAUAACUUUAGACUUACCUGAAUUAAUUACGCGCGAACGGACGUCAGCAAUACUAUGAAAUCACUUAAACAACCUGAAUUACGAUAAGGUUUUGAUAAAAGUAAAUAUUGUUACAAUCUUUGUUACGAGGGUCCGCGAUUGUAGGCACACAAUAUGGUCACCGCGACACAGUUGCUCAUGUGAUAUUUACAGCUGAUGUGUAAAAAAUGAACAAACAAACACGCACGCAACACAAUUUGAGCAAUAUACACUACGAAAUCGAGAGUUCGUUUUAAUAUUGUUAUUCGAUCGGUUGGCAAUCGUCACGAAAUUCUUUUGAAUUGAUUGAUUUGGUUAUUCCAUUCAUAUUGGAAUAGUUCAUUCGAGAGUGCUUUUGCUUUUGAAUGAAUGACGCACAGGUAAUAUAAAUUUUAAGAACGAAUGCAUGUUGGUGUUUUUCAAUCAAUCUUAUUUCUAUUUGCGUUAUUCUUGCAAUUUUUAUUUAUUUCAUGUGAUUGCCUUGAUAAGAUCAAUGAUUUGCAUACGUUAUUAGAAUAUACAAAAUGGUAUAUCAGCAGUAAAAUUUUGACUUUUGUAACACUAUCGUCUUCUAUCUCCCUUACCCAUGUAAUUAUAGAACAGGAUAGCAAAACGGAAGUACUAUGCUCAACAACUAGCCCUAGUUAUAAAUAAUGUUGUUCUAUUGACAUUUGUAAACCAGUUUGUUUACGUUUAGUAAUAAAUAAUAGAGUUUUCUUUAAUUUAUUGUUAAUGUUAAGCAAAAAUUGUUCUCACCGCUUAGUGUUAGAUGAUUAAUAUUGAAAUCAAACUCAUCGUGACUAUUAAGACGAAAUAAAUAAAAAACAUAACCUAAAAAAAUGGACGAACCAAAGGAUAAACAGAACGCAGAAGAUAAAAUUGUUUUUAAAAAGCCUGUACUCUUCGGCCGUAUUGGUAAACUGCCGAAAAAGGUGAAGAAUGAAGCGGAAGAGCCGACAGACAGUGAUAAUCAACAACAGGAGAACAGUGGUUCGAAAGUAUCUCGAUCGAAUGAGAGAGGGAAGGAAUCGCCUGUGAUAGUUGCCAAUGAUGUGCUAUCCAUGCCAAUACCUUAUAAGGAACCAAAAUGGUCUGGAAUUUGCCCUGACGGUACAGAGUAUUCUCUGGAGGUGUUGAAAUCCGGAAUGAUUGUGGACAAGAUGGAUUUGACGAAGAGGGCAUACUACGUGUUUGGACGGUUGAAUAAUUGUGAUGUGAUGAUGGCACACCCAACUAUAUCCAGAUACCACUGCGUUCUCCAAUAUAAAGCGUUCGCUGAGGAUGGGGAGCCACCCUGCGGAUGGUAUCUCUACGACCUGGGCAGUACACAUGGCACCUUCCUCAAUAAAGACCGAGUGAAGGUCAGCCAUUACACAAGGGUCAGGGUCGGACAUCAAAUCAAGUUUGGGAAUAGCACUCGGACUUACAUAUUGUUGGGUCCAGAUUUCGAUGCUGAAGGCGAGUCCGAGUUAAGUGUAACGGAAAUCAAGCAGCGAGCCAAUACGAUGAAGGAAGAAAGAGAUAGAAUGAUAAAGGAUGCCAUAGAACAGAGAGAGAGGGAUAGAAAGGAGGAGGAGCGACGGAGAGAUGAGAUGGGCAUUGAUUGGGGGAUGGGAGAAGAUGCAGAAGAAGAACCGGAUCUGGCAGACAAUCCUUACGCAGUCACAGCUAACGAGGAGCUGUACUUGGAGGACCCUAAGAAGACCCUCCGAGGGUACUUCGAGAGGGAGGGCCAUGAACUCAAUUAUAAUUGCGACGAGAAGGGCGUUGGACAAUUUGUUUGUAGGGUGGAAUUGCCGAUAGAUGACGCCCGUGGUAACCCAGUGAUCGCUGAGGUCAUACACAAGGGGAAGAAGAAAGAAGCUGUGAUCGCGUGCGCUCUCGAGGCUUGCAGGAUCCUGGACAGAGCCGGGCUACUGAGGCAGUCCAAACAUGAAUCUCGAAAACGCAAGGAGCGGGAUUGGUCAGCGGAUGACUUCUACGAUUCUGAUGAUGACACCUUCCUCGACCGGACGGGCAGCGUCGAGAGGAAACGCAAGCUGCGGAUGCAAAAACAUGGGGCCGCGCCAGUCGAGGACGAGAAACCCAGGACUUACGAUGAUUUGUUGAAAGAAAUAACUGAAAUCGAAAAGAAGAUAGUCACGGAGGAAAAGAAUUUGGAAACAUUAAGGAGUAGUACGUCAAAGGGUCAACAGAACAAUGAUGAUGUGGACGAAUUGGACCAGUAUAUGAGCAGCUUGAGCAAGCAGGGCCAGAGCAUGGCCACUAAAGCCGAGAUAUCCAGGACUAAGAUGAGCAUACAGAAGCUGAAGUCGGAUCUCGCCAAGACCCAGCGGCUUGCUGAGCUGGCCCGGCCCGCGCACCUGCCCCCACUUGUCAAGAAAGACACGAAAAUACACAUCAAGCAAGCUAGCAACUCCGCUGUUUAUGGAAAAAGAUUAAAACUGAAAGAAGAUACAGAGAAGAAAGUCAAAGUAAAAAAAGAUUUGAAACAAGAAGAAUCUGAAUUUGUAGAAGAAAUGGAUGAUGAUGAUGAUGAUGAUGAUGAUGACAACGAAUCAUCAAAUCAUCAGCCAACAGAAGAAAAGAAAUCUUAUACUGAAGUUAAAGAAAAUAAGAAUGGAAAAGAAUUAAGUAUAAAAGAAGAAGAGAAUGCAGGAGAAUGUAGAACUGAAGGAGAAGUAAGCAAGAGUACGAAAGUGAAAAUGUACGGUCCAAUGCGACCUCCUGAAAAUUAUGUCAUACCUGAAGAUUAUUACGAUCAAACCAGCGAUAGAGAUCUGCCAGAGAUAAUGGAGAAAGAGACUUAGAAGAUAUGAAAUACCGGCGUGAAACAACGUUUCCGUUUUGUUUCGCCGUGUGAUUGAGGUUGAUUGAAGGCCUAAUCUUUUCCCCCCAUCCCCAAUGUGCAUCAACCAACCACCUGGAGGUCCAAUCCUCCUCCAUCCCUCAAUAUUUAAAAGAUCCAACACAGCGCAACUGUAACUCCUUCCCUGUUAUAGGUGUCUUUUCAGAUGCCUAACCGUCCCUCCCACAGUUAAUCCUUAAAAGCCAGAUAAUCCCAAUCCAUCCUUCCACCUUAAACCCUUAAAAGUCUGAUAACACACUUAUAUAUCCUUCGGUGUAGCGGGUUUAUUACUGGAGUGAUACUCAAGACCCAUUUCCCUCCAUCCACAUCCUCCUUAUUUAAAGGGAUGGCUCAUCAUCAUCAUCAUCAGCCUAUAAGUGCCCACUUCUGAGCAAAGGUCUCUUCUCACACGGAGAAGGUGUGAGCAUUAAUCAGUGAAUCAGUUACAUUCCUGUAACUGAUUGUUUAUCGAUUUUUGUGUUCAUCACUACACUGUUAUAUGUGCUAUCAUUAUUUCACAAAGUGACAGUAGCUCAUGUCAAAUCUGGAAUCGAAUUCAAAUUCUGACUAUAGUAACUCCUCCGGUGUAGCAGUUGUGGAACUAAAGCUAAGUUACCAGAGGCCCAAUCCUUCCCCUUCCCCAAUCCCUCCUCAAUCCCUAAAUCUCCAAAUCCCUAAUCCCUAAAAGGUCGGCAACGCACUCGUAACUCCUCCGUUGCGAGUGUCCAUGGGCGGCGCUGAUUGCUUACCAUCAGGUAAUCCGUCUGCUCGUUUGCCGACCUAUUACAUAAAUAAAAGCCCCAUUUCCCCCCAUCCCAUCCACAAGGUUGGCUUGUCCGUGCUGCCAACGCAUUUCUGGUGCUGUGGGCGUGUUACCCAAGAUCCUCCAAUCUCUCAAAUCAGAAUCCCUAGAAGGAGUUUCAAGGAAUGAGCACGUAGCUACAAUAAUGACAUUUUCAGAAAAAUGUGCUGUUGUAAUUUUCGUAAAUAUUUGAUUGAUAAUACUUAAGUGGUUCGUUAAGCAAAAGAGCUGAUUUUUAAAUAGUCAGAUAAAUGUUAUCUGAGGUAUAAAAUUGUUGCUGUCACUGUCUUAUACAAACAUUGUGACGCGACAGCAUCAUAAUUAUUCCCCAGGUAACUUUUAUCUAACCAUUGAAAAAUCAACCCUAAGUAGUGUUAACAUUUAGAAAAUUCUAACUUAAAAUAGUUUGUAAUUAAAUUAAAUAAAUUAUAAGGUUUUAAUUUGUUUUAUUUUAUAAAUUAACUACUCGAGAAUAUAAGUUUUUAUGCCAUGUAUCUCACACAAACAAGAAAAGUGUGGGAGAGCCAAGCUUCGGCACGAAUGGGUCGGCUCCACCGAAAUGAUAUCACGGCCUCACAGAAAACCGGCGUGAAAUAACCACAGCGUUGUGUUUCGCCGUGUGAGUGAGGUUACCGGAAGCCCAAUCCCUCCCCUUCCCCUAUCCCUUCCCGAUCCUUAUAUCCGCAACCCCUAUCCCCAAAAAGGCCGGCAACGAACUCGUAACUCCUUUGGUGUUGCGGGUGUCCAUGGGCGGCGCCGAUUGCUUACCAUCAGGUAAUCUGUCUGCUCGUUUGCCGAACUUAUACCAUAA